CAAACACUUCCUAAAACAAGAAAAGAAGCCAUAAACUCCAUAGACUCUUAUCCAUCAUCAUCGUAUUUUUUACUAGACCUCAAAAACUCACCAAAACCUUCUCAAAAAUGGAGAUCUUAACGCUCUCAGCUACUCUUUCUCUCUCCUCCUCCCAAAACCCCACACACCUUUCUUCCUCUAAAUCCUCCUUAUUCCUCAAUCACACCACCACCACCGCGUUCUUCAGAUCCGUCAACACAACGGGCCUGGGCUUGAGUGCCCGAACCCGUCCUACUAACCGAACUCGGAGGGGGUUCUGUUGCAACUCGUUGUUUGGGCUUGGUGUUCCGGAGCUCGCGGUCAUCGCCGGUGUUGCGGCUCUUGUGUUUGGCCCCAAACAGUUACCGGAAAUUGGCCGGAAUUUCGGCAAAACCAUCAAAAGUUUUCAACAGGCCGCAAAGGAGUUCGAACAGGAACUUACAAAACCAGAAGACUCUGAGUCUUCUGACAAGGUGAUUGAGGCAAAAUCAGCAUCAGAAAGUUCAGAAGAAAAAGAAAAUGUUGCAUCGUCGUCUAAAGAGAGUUCUUGAGAUUAUUCAUGUAUUUUUUCUUCCACUUCAUUUAAUCCGAAUUUUUUUCUUGUAUUCGUGACGGCCAAUGUGAUGGUAUGUAUAAUCGAAUACUUGUGUAAGAGUUCCGUUCAUAUCAAGCGCAAUUUAGCAAAUUA